AUGACUUCAGCUGCCCACAUCCCCGACCUCCCCUUGGAGCUGUGGCGUGAAAUUUCGUCGUACCUACCAAACCGCGAUAUCAAAUCUAUGCGCCUCGCGUCAAAGCAAUUCCCAGUGGGACCCCGGCUUGGGCGAGUAUUUUUGUCACCCAACCCCUUGAACAUCAAAGUCUUUCGUGCUAUCGCAGAUCACGAUGUAUUCCGUCAUGGAGUCACUGAGAUCAUUUGGACGAUGCUCACCUUUCAAGGGGCCCUCGGAUAUGGACGGACUUUCCGGGAGACUGAAGAGUCUUUUAUAGCUGAACACCGUGCUGGCCAAGACCACGCUCCAAGCUGGAGUUCAGAGUGGAACUUCCGCGACUCUGAUUCUGAUUCUGAACCUGAAUCUGAUGAUGAGGAUGCUGACAUGCGUUUCGAGCAUGAUGAUGAUGAUCUUCACCUUGUGCCGAAAAGUGAUAAUUUCAAGAACCAAAACUGCCCUUUAUGGUUCAAAGAGGGAUGUGUUUACAGUGUGGAUCUCCAAUUCCGGCGCGAGGGAAGCGGUGGUAGUGUGAAAUAUUCGAACCCGGGCGUUAAGACUUACAGAGAGCUAGGUCAGAUGGGGCGUCCGCUUGGGGAGUGUUGGGAGUUUUAUCGCAACUUGAUCCAAGAGCAAGAUGAUGUUCUUGCCGGAAAGUAUAAUGAGGAGGCAUUAAUCUACGGACUGAGGAAAUUUCCUUCUCUGAAGAAAGUGACUGUUACCCCUGCAGCCCAUGGUGAUUUCAUUACCCAAUUCCCCGUGGAUGGCCAACUCCAUACCGCGAUCAACCAGAGGAAGCGUAUUGCUAUUCUUGGCAAAGGCUCCCUGGAAAAACCCAAAGACAAAUAUCACGGCUUUCGCGUUGUGACACGCGUUCUUGCUCACCAAAGCCACAAAAUUAUCGAUCUUAGCAUAGAUGCUUGUCAGCUUCGCACAGGAGUCAAUUGUACGAUCUUUCAUGAUCCUUGCGAGGAGUAUGAAAACUUCACUACGAUACUCAAACAACCAGGCUUCCGCCACCUUGACCUAGCGCUUACUAUUCAUAGGAUAGAGGAGCCCGAACAAGAGCUCUUCAGCGGACAAAGGUGA